GCGAGAAUGUCAACAACCGACACUCACCGCAAAACAAAAAGCAACGAGCGUGGGUUUUGUUUCCAAUUGUAAAUAAACUAUUUUUAUAUUAAAAACGUGCAAAGCACAGCGUCAUCAAAGUUUGACUGCGGCCGCGAAGCCGGGCGGGUACGACGACGAUGAGUGGUGCAGCGGAAGUAAAGCAACCGGCACCACCCGUGCCGGAUAUGAGCCAGCCGGCGGCCCAGCCACUGGAACCGACCAAACCGCCGGACAUUGAUCCGGAAACGACGGCAUCGGCAGCGAACGCGGUGGAACAGUGGCGCAACUAUCAGAACGCGUACAGCGCGUACCAGCAGCAGUGUGCCGCGUACCAGAACUACAUUCAGCAGACGCAGUACGCGCAGACGGUCGAGCAGCAGCAGAUGAUUUACAGCCAGUAUCUGGAGCAACAUCGGCACUAUCAGUAUCACCUGCAGCAGUACGAGCAGUACAAGGCGGGCAAUGGUGUUGUUGGUAGCGGCGGUGGUGGUGGUGGUGGUGGUGGUGUGAUCGGGUAUCCCAGUGCUCCCGGCUGGCAGACAAUGGAUCCGAUGCAGGGCGCGCUUGCCGGCAGUGCCAGCAUGAUGCCGGCCGAGUUUCAGCAACCGAUCAAACCAACGGGUCCGGGUGGCGCUGGGGCACCGGCGAACGGCACUCUUUCCGGGAGAUCAAAGGGUGGCCCGAAUAUGAGACGUGGCCGAGAUUCGAGGGCGAAAGCGAAACCAAACGAGAAGAAGAAUGAACUGCACACGAAAACCAUCAUAUAUUUGAACCCGGACGACGAACAGCUGCUGCCAACGGAGCUGAAGCAACUGUUCGGCGAGUUUCACUGCAAUCUCUGCCGCACGCGCAUGAACUCGCACAUCUCCGCCAACAUCCACUACCAGUCGAAGGCGCACGAGAAGAAGAUUAACCAGUGGCUGAAGGAGUACUGUGCGGAAACGGGCACGCCGGUACCGGUCCGGCAGCGGCCACCGCUCGAGCUGGCCGCCGACACGAACGCGAUCGGCAAGUCGGUGUUUCACUGCGAGGCGUGCGAUCUGGUGCUGACGUCGGUGCAGCACGCGAACCAGCACUACACCGGCAAGCGGCACGCGAUGGUGGUCAACGGGAAGAAGCUCCCGUCCGGCACCGGGCACUACAAUGCGGAGGGCAAAUGGAUCCGAACCACAAACAUAGUGACCGAGGUGACGCCCUCUGGCCAAACGGUCGCCCCGACAACGCCGGUCGCUAAGAAACGCUCCUUUCAAGCGACCCAGAACGGAGCCAACGGAACGACCGGGGCAAAGAAUCUUCGUCUGGAGCCACCGCCGCAACCUCCGGUACAAUUGAUGGGCCCAGCGCUGGGCCCUGAGGCUCCGAAUGCAACGAAUGGGGUGGCUGCUGUUCCACCGCUCCAGCAACUAGCCAACGUUCCGCCGGUCACGGCACUGGUAACCGCAACCCCUGUUCAAACAGCGCCACAACCAAUCGUAACGAUUAACGUGGAGAGUGACGAAGAGGUGGUGGCAGCGGAUGGUAGCAAACAGUCAGUACAACCAGCCACCGCGCAACCCACUACCCUACCGUCCAAAGGUGGUCCGGAAAGCGGCACCACGCUCGAGCAGGAGCUUCGCAAAAAGGAAGGGCUUGACUGUGUGGACGAUACCGGCACGUUCUGCCUGAUCUGCGAAACGUCCGUCACGUCGCGGUCCGAGAUGCUGAUGCAUCUCAAAGGCGCCAAGCAUCUGAAGAAGGCCCGCUCGAUGGGUGUGAUCGUGCGCACCACCCCGUUCAAUGCGUCCGAUACGAUACUGCGCAGCUUGUCGGUGCCGCCGCGCCAAACCGACUGGUCGCUGUACCGGAUGCCGUCCGGGAAGUUUUACUGCAAAACGUGCAAUCUGAUCGUGGCGGACGAGAAGCUGUUCGGUCAGCACUGGUACGGGAAGAAGCACAAGCUAAAGCAGCGGCAGGAACAGCAGGCCGAGAAGCAGCAGCAGCAGCAGCAGUUGGGCGGUGGUACUGCUGGCAUGCCAAGCAUGCUGCUACCGGGCGCUGCAUCGAUGGCCAUGGAAAGUUCGUUCGUGUCGGACGAUCAUGACGUCAUGACGAUGCCGGUGGGCAGUGUGACGAAUCUGGCCAAUCCGGACGGGGUGGUGCAGAUUGCACCCGCCAGCGACGACGGGCCGGGUGCACAGAAAGCACUGCCGAAGAAGGGUCGAAGGCCGUACUUUAAGCGGGGACGGUUCGGCAAACAGCGGCCAGCCUUUCCGCAGUAAGUGUGCAUGUGAGUGAGCAAUAGAGUGAUGAACGAUGUAGGAGAUCGUUUUAUUUCUUGUGUCUAUGGAGUGUUGAGAUUGAAUUCAAUAAACUCUCGUAAUUGUACC